GAUCAUGACCUGAGCCAAAGGCAGACGCUUAACAACUGAGCCACCCAGGCACCCCUAAAGGGUCUUUAAAAAAAAAAAAAACAAAAAAACCCCUCAACUAUUUAUAUCCUUCUAGUAUAAUCUCUGUUUCCUAAAGUAUGUGACCUGCAGAGAGUUAACCUACAAUUAGGGGGGAAACUAUGGCCAUUACCUGCAGGGAGGAAUUGAGAAGGGUAUCAUGGAAAAAAGAGAGAUAGGGUGGCCUUUCCCAUGAGGGAUAUUAGGUGGUAAGAAGCUCUUAAUGAAGCCAGACUGAGUCAUCUGCCUGUCAACAUUCUUCUGUGUGGGGGUGGAAUAAAAUACUUUUGAAAACUGUCUUGUGUCAGAAACCACUUUACCUUUUCCAAUCCUCAUAUUUUCUCUCUCUCUUUUUAAUUCAUGUAAAUUACUGACUAAACUGCUGAUUCAUGAAACUCAAAUUAUGUAACAUGUUAUUCCUGACAGAAACAGCUCCCAUGUUAUUUUAAGGGAUUCAAGGCUUCUGUUUUCCUUUACCUAUUCCAUUCCUUAUGGUGGCAUCUUUGUUCUCGUUUCACUUUUUUUUUUUCCUUUCUAUUUCAUGGAGAAAAGUAAAUCUAAGAGGUGCUGAUUCCACAUCUUGAAGUUCAAGUCAAAGUAAUUUUAACUCAGUACUAACUUUGAGUUAAUUGUCAUUGCUGAGGAAGACGACGUGGAAAUCAAAUGUGGAGGGCUGAGUCAGAGCAUGGAUAAGUAAAAUUUUAUUACCUCUCUGAAGCUGAGCCAGGGGAUUUUCAAAGGGAAUUGGGGCAGUGUACAAUAUCCUUGCCCUUGUCUAGUUUCCCAGGGCCUCUCCUCUUUCCCACAGGUCCUGAAUACCUGUCUUGGUCCAUCUCCUUGUAGCCACUAUUUCUUCUAUUAUUCAAAACCAAAAUCUGUUUUCCUAGGGUGGGGAUGGGGGUGAGUGAAAGGAGGGUGAAGGGAAUUGUUGUAAGGUAAGGGAUUGAUACUGUGUAAGAGGGAAGACAGGAGAUGUGUGGGUGAAGUAAGAGAUAUUUAGUGAAUUCUCAUGGUGGAUUUGUGCAGAGUACUGGCUUCCCCCAGUGGGGCCAUAAAUACAGGGAAAACCUACAUGGGAUCAAAGAAUGUCUGGCAAGGAUUAAAAACAUCUACCGGUGUGUGAUAUUGGCAGGCAGAGCUCCUUUGUAGCACCAAGUGUGGAGGGGUCGUUCUAGUUAGCUGUUGCUUCAGGCCACCAUAUGAGUUUGCAGAUAAUUAAAAUGUAGAGGGCUGGUUUUGUGGCUUUUAACUUGAGAAUAGGAAUGAUCUGACAGGCUUUUGGUUGAAUAAAGGCCUGGAUUUUUACUUUUUUAAAGGCAUACAUUUUUUGGAGAAUGUCUAUAGUGUUGAGAUAAUGUUACUCCUUUUACUGUUUUGUGAUUUUAAAUAAAUGACAUUUGUAUUUACAUUGCAUAUAAUAAUGAAUAUGAUUCAGGUUAAGUGCUUCCAUUCAGGGUCCUGAUAUAUUUGCUAUGCCAGUCAAUACCAAACUUUUUUUUUUCCUAUAGGUAAAAUAGACUUCAUAUGUAAUAUAUUCAUUCAUACACAAAAUUGGACUCGUUGAUGGACUAGACAUUCCACAGACAGCUGGAUGAAAUGUCCUCAGGUUGCAUGAUGGAAUAUGAAUGUUACCUCAAGAGGUUUUAUGUUUUGGAUUAGCUAACUGUGUUUAUCCUCUGCUGACUAUUUCUUCGGACUCAUUUUUUGGUGUCCUUUUGAGGCAAUAAACUCAAAGGGAUUAUAACAUGGACUACAAGGAAAGCUGCCCAAGUGUAAGCAUUCCCAGCUCCGAUGAACACAGAGAGAAAAAGAAGAGGUUUACUGUUUAUAAAGUUCUGGUCUCAAUGGGCAGGAGUGAGUGGUUUGUCUUCAGGAGAUAUGCAGAGUUUGAUAAGCUUUACAAUACUUUAAAGAAACAAUUUCCUGCUAUGGCCCUGAAGAUUCCUGCCAAGAGAAUAUUUGGUGAUAAUUUUGAUCCAGAUUUUAUUAAACAAAGAAGAGCAGGACUGAAUGAAUUCAUUCAGAACUUAGUUAGGUAUCCAGAACUUUACAACCAUCCAGAUGUCAGAGCAUUCCUUCAAAUGGACAGUCCAAAACAUCAGUCAGAUCCAUCAGAAGAUGAGGAUGAAAGAAGUACUCAGAAGCUACACUCUACCUCACAGAACAUCAACCUGGGACCAUCUGGAAAUCCUCAUGCUAAACCAACAGACUUUGAUUUCCUGAAAGUUAUUGGAAAAGGCAGCUUUGGCAAGGUUCUUCUUGCAAAACGGAAACUGGAUGGAAAAUUUUAUGCUGUCAAAGUGUUACAGAAAAAAAUAGUUCUCAACAGAAAAGAGCAAAAACAUAUCAUGGCUGAACGUAAUGUGCUCUUGAAAAAUGUGAAACAUCCAUUUUUGGUUGGAUUACAUUAUUCUUUCCAAACAACUGAAAAGCUUUAUUUUGUUCUGGAUUUUGUUAAUGGAGGGGAGCUGUUUUUCCACUUACAGAGAGAACGGUCCUUUCCCGAACACAGAGCUAGGUUUUAUGCUGCUGAAAUUGCCAGUGCAUUGGGUUAUUUGCACUCCAUCAAAAUAGUGUACAGAGACUUGAAACCAGAAAAUAUUCUUUUGGAUUCAGUAGGACAUGUUGUCUUAACAGAUUUUGGGCUUUGUAAAGAAGGAAUUGCUAUAUCUGACACGACAACAACAUUUUGUGGGACACCAGAGUACCUUGCUCCUGAAGUAAUCCGAAAACAGCCCUAUGACAAUACUGUAGAUUGGUGGUGCCUUGGUGCUGUUCUCUAUGAAAUGCUGUAUGGAUUGCCUCCUUUUUAUUGCCGAGAUGUUGCUGAAAUGUAUGACAAUAUUCUUCACAAGCCCCUAAGUUUGAGGCCAGGAGUGAGCCUCACAGCCUGGUCCAUUCUGGAAGAACUCCUAGAAAAAGACAGGCAAAAUCGACUUGGUGCCAAAGAAGACUUUCUUGAAAUUCAGAAUCAUCCUUUUUUUGAAUCACUCAGCUGGACUGAUCUUGUACAAAAGAGGAUUCCACCACCAUUUAAUCCUAAUGUGGCAGGACCAGGUGAUAUCGGGAACUUUGAUGCAGCAUUUACGGAAGAAACCGUUCCGUACUCUGUGUGUGUGUCUUCGGACUAUUCUAUAGUGAACGCCAGUGUGCUGGAGGCAGAUGAUGCAUUCGUUGGUUUCUCUUACGCACCUCCUUCAGAAGAUUUAUUUUUGUGAACAGUUUGCCAUCCAGAAACCACUGAGCAAAUAUAAGCCUACAGAUGAGACUGAAACUCCUCUUUGUGUGAAUAUAUUCAAAUAUGUUUAACUAGUGCCUCAUUUUUACAUGUAAUGUUAAAAACUAUGAAAAAUGUAUUUUCUGCUGUAUGCAAGAAAAUAGGGCAUUUCAAAGAGCUAAGUUUUGAAUUAAAAUUUCUAUUGUUUAUUAAGCUUAUUUUUAAACAGAGUUUUAAAAGCUAUUCUCAGCAUUAACCUAUUUUUAAAGAAAACAUUUUGCUAAUGACUGUUUUUCUCCCAUGAGUUUACACUAACAUCUACCCAAGACAGACUGUUUUUCAGCAGCCUAUUUCAGUUUGGUUAACAUGACAUUAAUGCCUUUGUAACUCUCUACUUUGACCUUUGUUCUCAGAUCAGAACUAUGCAAUUGGUAUGUGGUUGUUUAAGAAGAAACCACAUCUUUCCAUGAUAAGUCAUUCUUUGACAUAAUCAGUUCUUGGUAGGAUUAAAAUGUGAAAGCAUAGUUAACACAUGGGCUGUGAGUUAACACUUUGAAUAAGUGUUCAUUCUGCAGAUCAAAUUAAGAAAUAACAAAAGGAGACCCAUUGCUUUUGAAAUACCAAUUCAAAUUUGUGAAUUAUUUUUCUCUGGAAGAAAAGUAAAGGCUUAAUAGUUAGAAAGUUUAAAAUAUUUCCAAAGAUCUGAAGGGUAAUAAAAUACUACUGGACUUUUUUUUUUUUAGGUGGUGCCAAAAAUGAAUGUGUCUGUGUCAUGUAUUUAUAUUACAAAUACAUUCUAUUUAUGUUCUUUCUGGUCUUUAUGUUGUUAAGUAGGCCUAAAUCUUGGUAUUUGCUUUUGCAAAAAGCUGUUCAAAACUGUCUUUCUACUUGGUUAAUAAGUGAAAAAUAUUGAGCCUUCUAGAGUUUUUACCUAAUUGGGAAUAUAAAAAAUAGAAUAGCAAAUUCUUGGUCAGUAUAUGUAUUUCACUACAGUGUUACAAAAGUUAAAAAUGAUUCAGGCCGAUGCAAUGUCAGUAUCUUUUUUGUCCUAGAAAAAGCACAGGAAACUGACCUUAAAAUCAUACUAAAAACAAACUGUGUACUUGUCAUUAUAAAAGAGAAUACAGAAAAACUAAGAAAGAAUGCUUGUCUUGGAAUUCUGCUUCUUAGAGAAGAAAUUUUUCAGGUCAUGUAGGAAACAUCGUGAAAGUUUAGGGACCAACUUUAUAUGCUUCAGGAACAAGCAUUCUUCCCAUGUGUUUUCUCUUGAGAAAGAAAUCACAAAAGCAUUUCACACCAAGACCCUUUGGCUUAAAAAUGUUCAGCAAAAUGGGGGAGGGGGGUGUGCUUUUGUUAGAUUAAUAAUGUUUGCAUCCGAUACACUGAAUCUUCCUUUAGAGGUAAGACUUUAAUAGCAACACUGUAAAUAUUUGGUUUAUUUGGCACUACUGUAAGUUCCGCUUUUACACAAAGUUCUUUGCUUAUUAUAAAGCAAAAUAAAAACUGUA